AUGGACAAGAGUUGGAUGUCAAUUAGGAAUAGAUUGAGUUCGGAGUAUAGAGAAGGGGUUAAGUCAUUUCUCCAAUUUGCAAUGACAAAUGUUGGCGUAGAUAAUAGAAUUCGUUGUCCGUGUAUGGAUUGCCUAAAUUUUGAACAUCAUACCUUUAAGGAUGUGGAAUAUCAUUUGAUCCGAAAAGGGAUAUCACUUUCAUACAAGACUUGGGUGCACCAUGGGGAAACUGUUUCUGUCAAUCAACCUCGUGUGUGGAAUAAUGACAAUGACAUUGAAGGUGUUGGUGAUGAAGGGACAACCAAUGAAUGCCUUCACGUUGAAGAUGAAUUGUAUGAUAUGUUAGAUGACUGUCACAUGGCGCAUAUUUUUGAUGAUGAUGAAGAGGGUGAGCAGAAUGAUAAUGAGCAAAGAGAAGAUGGACGAAACUUUGAUAAAUUGUUAGAGGAUGCUCGUCGUCCAUUAUACCUUGGCUGUCAGAAGUUUACUUUGUUAUCAUUUGUCGUUAAGAUGCUUCAUAUAAAAGUUUUAAACAAGUGGAGCAAUAAGUCUUUUGACAUGUUGUUAGGCGUAUUGAAAGACCUUUUACCAGAAAGUGAUCAAAAGGUUCCAUGGACCCUUUAUGAAGCGAAGAAAUUUUUACGUGAUUUGGGUUUAGGAUAUGUGCCUAUUCAUGCAUGUAAGUAUGAUUGUGCUCUUUUUUGGAAGGAAAAUGCAAAUUUAGAAAAUUGUUCGAUUUGUAAGGAGCCUAGAUACAAAAUGAAUGAUGGCAAAGGUAAGAAGAUACCUCAUAAAAUUUUGAGAUAUUUUCCGUUGACACCAAGGUUGCAAAGAUUAUACAUGUCGAGAAAAACAGCUGGAGAUAUGCGAUGGCAUAAAGAAAAACGUGUUGAUGAUGGCAUCUUAAGGCAUCCAGCCGAUGGUGAGGCGUGGAAGGAUUUUGAUAGGCAACAUGUUGUGUUUGCCCAAGAACCACGUAAUGUGAGGUUAGGGUUGGCCACCGAUGGUUUCAACCCUUUUGGAAAUUUGAGCAACUCAUAUAGUAUGUGGCCUGUGGUAGUUAUGCCUUAUAACCUACCACCGUGGAAGUGUAUGAAGCAACCAUUUUCCAUGAUGUCAUUGCUUAUUCCUGGACCGCAAGCACCCGGGAGAGAUAUUGAUGUUUACUUGAGGCCAUUAAUUGACGAGUUGAAGGAGUUAUGGGAAGAUGGUGUAGUUACUUAUGAUGCCUCAACUGGGGCAAGUUUCCGAAUGCAUGGUGGAAGUACAAAAGGAUAUUUGGCUUGUCCCAAUUGUAAUGAGAAUGCAUUAUCACAACGGUUAAGAAGUAAGAUAGGAUACACUGGUGCUCGCCGAUACUUACCUGAAGACCAUCCUUGGCGAAGAAGUAAGCUCUUUAGUGGUAAGGCAGAUGAUCGAGCAAGACCUUCGGAGUUGUCAGGGGAACAAAUUUUAAAUCAAUUGGAUUCAAGAACAUUUAAACCAUUUGGGAAGCAUCCAAGCAACCAAAAAAGAAAAAGGGAUGAAAAUACCGUCUUGAAUUGGACAAAGAAAAGCAUAUUUUUCGAAUUGCCUUACUGGAAGACACUCAAGUUACGACAUAACCUCAAUGUCAUGCACAUAGAGAAGAACAUAUGUGAUAAUUUAAUUGGGACUUUGUUGAGCAUUGAUGGAAAGAACAAGGAUACGGAAAAAGCACGCAUGGAUUUAGAGGAUAUGAAAAUUAGGAAGGAUUUUCACUUAAAGAGGCGCGCGGAUGGGUCCUUUGAAAAGCCCAUUGCAUUGUUCACAUUGUCCCUAAAGGAAAGACAAGGUUUUUGUGAGUUCUUAAAAUCGAUUAGGUAUCCUGAUGGGUAUGUGUAA